CUCACACACAAAGUAGAUCUUUUAUGUUGUUAUUUUUUAAGUUGUUAUGCCAGACUUUACUGUAAGGAGAAUGUUUUAAGGAGGACAUUUAUGGAAGAAGACUACAAAGCUGUUCUGAAAUAUUAAUAUGCAAAUCCACUGACGGUGAGUGACUUUUAUAGUGAAAUCCAGUUUUGAACGCGAAGCCGGAACUUCCGCCUGUGGGUGCGAGCUUCAGGAGGAAGCGCUUGUGUAGAGUAAAUAAAUAAACCUGGCAACCCUGGAGCUGUGUCUGCUUCACUCUCACACAUGUAGCUCGCUGAAGCGGCUCUCUGGUGAACACGACUCCUGAGCGGGAUAAAGUGGGAACAUGCCGGCCUUGUCUUUGCCCGUGUCUCGCCUGGUCAGGACCCGGGCCAGUGUCCGGAAGCUGUUUAAACACUGGAGGACUUUCCACUCGGCGUGUGGAGCUCCGGCGCUCAGCUCCAGCGGGGUGACUAGUCACUCAGUCCCGGGACGCGCGCUGUCAGAGGCCGGCAUGUGCACCAGCGACACGGGCGGACACACGACCGACUGGCUCUGGUCUGUUUACAAUGAAACCAAGCGGCAAACUGAAGCUUUAAUCCCAGCAAUCUCAAAAAACUUUGUGAAUCCGGACACCAUUUUUGCCAACAACGAGAUGAGCUUGCAGGACACUGAGAUCUACGGCUUCGACUACGACUACACCUUGGCCUUUUACUCCAGCCAUCUCCACACUCUGAUCUUCAACGUGGCUCGAGAUAUUCUCGUCCAACAGCACAGGUACCCAGAAGGAUUGAAGGACUAUAAUUACAUCCCUGAUUUUGUGGUUCGAGGGCUGCAUUAUGACGUUCAGAAGGCUUUACUGAUGAAGAUAGAUGCUUUUCAUUACAUCCAGCAAGGAACAGUUUACAGGGGUCUUCACCCUGUACCAGACAGAGAGGUCAUUGCUAUGUAUGAGGGCUGCCAUGUACCUCUGGAAAUCAUGAGCGACUUUUAUGGCAAGAGUUCCCACGGACACGCUAUGAAGCAGUUCAUGGACAUCUUCUCGCUGCCAGAGAUGACCCUGUUGUCGUGUGUCAAUGAUUACUUCAUGAAGCACAACAUUGACUAUGAGCCUGUGCAUCUCUACAAAGAUGUCAAGGAGGCCAUUAGAGACGUCCAUGUGAAGGGAAUCAUGUAUCGAGCCGUGGAAGCAGAUAUUGAGAAGUAUAUCUGUUACGGUGAACAGACCCAUGCUGUUUUAAAAAAGCUGUCAGCAAAUGGAAAGAAAAUGUUUCUAAUCACCAACAGCCCCCUGGAUUUUGUAGAUCGAGGAAUGAACUACAUUGUAGGAAAAGACUGGAGGGACCUAUUCGAUGUCGUCAUAGUGCAGGCUGACAAGCCAGGUUUCUUCAACGACCGUAGAAAGCCAUUCAGACGAGUUACUGAUAAAGGAGUGUUGCUAUGGGACAGAAUUCACCACCUGGAGAAGGGGCAGAUUUAUAAACAGGGAAACCUGUAUGAGUUCUUGAGACUCACUGGCUGGAGGGGCUCGAAGGUUUUAUAUUUCGGAGACCACAUCUACAGUGACCUUGCUGACCUGACCCUGAAGCAUGGCUGGAGGACAGGGGCCAUCAUUCCUGAGCUACGCAAGGAGAUCAAGAUCAUGAACACGGAGGAAUACGUACACACCAUGACAUGGCUGCAGAGUCUGACCAACCUGCUGGAGCAGAUGCAGGUGCAUCGAGACGCUGCCUCACAAUCAGUGAUUCAGCAGUGGAUCAAAGAGAGGGAGGACAUGAGGUCUCAGGCAAAGAACAUGUUCAACAGUCAGUUCGGCAGUCUGUUCCGCACAUACCACAACCCGACAUAUUUCUCCCGCCGCCUCUCGCGCUUUGCGGACAUCUACAUGGCCUCCAUUAGCUGCCUGCUCAACUACGACCUGCAGCACACGUUCUAUCCGCGCCGCACGCCACUUCAACACGAGGCCCCAUUUUGGCCGGAGCAGUCCAGCACAGGAGCCAUUAAUAGUCCCUUCCAGAACCAUCGCUCAGGCUCGGACUAGAGCAGGAGUAAUAACGUGGUAUUAUUAAAUAUUAUAAAACUUUAUUUAAUAUACAGCAGCACUGCAGAGGUUUAGCAGAUUCAUCAGCCACAUACAAGUGGUUAUGGUAAUGACUGCUACUGGUGAAGAAACAGACCACCACCGAAGUAGAGAUGUAGGUUUUACCAUUGUAUUAAAAAAAAAAAACGAAGGUUUGCAUGUUCGUCUGUACGUGUAGACGCUAGGGCUCAGCUGUACUAGGACUAAUAAUCAUAACACAUAGGACAUUCUUCAGUGGGUCAUUGUCUCCCAGCUAUAAAACACUGUAAUGCUUUAGUAUCUUAAGAUUUCAUUACCUUAUUUUUAUAUUUGCAGCAUACUUGAUUCUGUGUGUAUUAGUCUUCAGUGGCUUAUCUCUUGACUGGCUAUGUGUUAUGAAAACCUCUGAGUGUGGUGGAGGUUUUUAAAUUGGCAGUAGUUUUGCACUAAGGGAGUUUAUUUACAUUAUCUACAUCCUCCCUUGCUAGAAUUUUUGCAUAUCAAAUACACAAGUUACAGUUUCUUAUGGGAAAAUGCGUAUAAAUGUUUCAGAUUUACAGACAAAUUGUAGAAAGUUCCUGAGGCAUUCUAUGCAUUUAAGUAGCUUUUGUGAUAUAUGCUGAUUUAGUAACAGCCUGAUGUUUGUUUUUAUAUAUAUAAAUUACUUGAACUGCUCAUUCAGAGUAUGUGAUGUAUACUAUCUAUCUGGUUAAAGCAGCUGUUGCUCAGUCGAAUGACCAAUAUAUUGAAUCCGGUGUAAUGUAAUCAGCUUUCAAUAUUAGGCAAUGUAAAUAAUUGUAAUGUAUUGAAAAACAUCUUUGCACUGAAUGUUCAUCCAGACAUGACUUAAAUCAUUACAUUUCAUUUUUUUGUCUGCUGGGAUAAUAGAAUUAGGUUUAUUAGAUGUAUUUUUUUAAUGAAUAGAAAGGGACUGAUCUGACAAAUCACUGAGUACUGUAUUUGCUUUGUGAUGACCUUUAUUCGAAGUAACUUGUGAUUUAUUUAUUAAACAGUUUCAUGGGA